UGGUUAUCAGCUCUGCACUGUUGAUUUUGCAAAGGAUAUCGUAUUGGGAAUUGCAGGAAUCAUGACAGCAGAGGCACACUGCAGUGCCGAGUCUUUGUACAAAUUAUUGACUUAGGGCAUUCUAGCUCAUUUUGGCACCCACCUAGUUAUCUGUUUGUUUAAGAGGAAAAAAACCACCUCUGGAACAUGAGUUAGUCUACCUAUGGUCUGGCUUACUUUCUAGGGAUGCCUCUUUCUCUUUGGUGGCUAUGGAAGGAGUUUAUUAAGUUUUGGCACUAAACACAUCAGUUUUGUUAGUGACCUUGUACUGCAUGGUAUGAGCUUGAAUUGUGAUUCCCACCCUCAGCCUGUCUGUCUAAAAAGUAGAGGGAAUGAGAACAUAGGGUGAAAAAUGUGAUAUAAAUCCAAAGUAGUAUUAGUACUGUAUUUGCCUUGCUGACAGUUGUCUUCCAUGUCUGGUUUAGAAAAUUUCUUUGAUCAAUAGUAUUUAUGAUUUGGUGUCCCUAUGUAAUACUCUCCUUUAAACAGAUAAAGUUUUCUGGAUCCUAGCAGCUGAAACCAUUUCUUUUCCCAGCCUGUGUACAGGCUCUGGUUCAUUUGAGGAUGUCAGUUGUGACAGGCAGCUGUUUUAAAUAAGCAAGGCAAAGAGGACUGAGAAACAAAAGCUGUAUGAAGUAUGAUUUGAAAUAUGCAGCUUUAGGAAGAUUGAUGCAAAACAGAUUGACUCUGUGGUCAACUAAUACUAGACCUUCAUAGCAGGGGCUUCCUUUUCUUACACACAUGGGUGUCCCAGGUACUGCAGCAGUAUGUGCACCAUACAGCUCCGAUUCCCCACCAAUGACUCCUGAAUAGUAUAAAACUGAUCUUGAAAGAGGUUUCAGUUGAAUUUUGGUGCUGUAAUGCCUUUGAUGAUGUUUAUCUUAAGCAUGUUUACCAGAUGAAUAAUGGGAAUUUCUUCUUCUUGUCAUCCAUGGCAUCACAAAAUCAUUGGCCUGGAUGGGACUUUGGGUUUCAUCUGAGCCAGCAUUUUGCUCUGAAGGAGAAAUAGUUUACCUGGAGAUAUUUAUCUAGAUCAUUUGCAGACUGCCUACUGAAGGAGAUCUCAUCUCUUCCCAAGGGGAGUUUGCAGGUGAUUCAUGCCUUGUGAGAUCUGACAUAUGAUCAGUCCCCCCAGGACUGGGCUGUGCAAGUCAACGGAGCUUCAUCCUGUGACAAUUCUUGUGCAGGAAAAGGUGGAUGAAUGAUGAAUCCCCUCAUGGUUCUGGCAAUAUUGCUCCCCCUGAGGACUUGCUACACUACAUACCCACAGCAAGAAUCCAUUGUGUUUCCAGUAAUGUACCUUAACAUUUCCAAGGAUUUGGCUCUUCAGCGGCUGCUGGUGGAAUGGGAUGUCAGCAAGUCAGCGCAUGAUACUGAGCUGGCAAUGUCUUUUGAAAUACAAGUCCGUCAAACAGAUGAAAAUACUACUGUGUGGACAGAGUUUCAUAAUGUCACACUUGAUAAAUCAGGAAAGCCUCUUCAUUGGAUGUGGUAUUCAGAUUUACCUUUGGAGUGUAUGUCUCACUCAGUGAGAAUCAGGAGCAAAGCAGAAGCAUCAAAAAUCUGGAGUCAGUGGAGUUUGUGGGAGACUGUCCCAGGCCUGGACACUUCAAAUAACAGUGGACCACAAAUCUUUCCAAAUGAAAAAAUUCUAGAAGAAGGCUCUGACAUCACUUUUUGUUGCAUUGGAAGGAAAGGUCAAAUCAUUAAGGAAUUCUUUCUAGUCCCAGCUGUUCAUGUUUCCAGUCAAACAAACAGUCAGGUUGGACUUCUCGUGGUGAAAAAUGUGGCACAUGUGCCUCACAUCAGUGUCUACUGUCAGGAGUCUUGCAAUGAAGAGCAAUGCUACGACCAUGCAGUUUUCUUUGUGGGUAAACCACCUGAUAGACCUAAUGAUUUUUCCUGCCAAACUCAAGACAUGAGAAUAGUAACAUGUACUUGGAGCCAAGGAGGAAACACCUAUCUUUAUGGACGUCAUUCACCAAAAUACACCUUGUCUGAAGAGUUUUCCCAAAAAACGGUUCCGUGCACAGUAAGUUGUUCUGAGCAGUGCUCGUGUUCUUGGGAUAUAGGCCAGCAAAGGAUCUGUAAUAUCACAGUGACUGUGGAAAACCCACUGGGAAAGAAAACUGCCACGGACGUUUUUGAUGUAGCUCACAGAAUUUAUCCUGCUGCACCCUUCCAGCUGUGGGAACAAUGUACAGAUACAGAAAUCACAUUAUAUUGGAAACAUCGAAACAAAGGAAUUGAGCUCUUUUGUCAGACUGAAGUGAUCCAACCUGAUGGGAAAGUAGAACUGCAUAAUAGUUCAGAUGUGCAACUCCAUUAUGCUAGCAUCACCCUGAGUGGACUGCAGCCAUACACUGAAUACACAGCUAGAGUACACUGUGGGGCAGCUAAGCAUUUCUGGAGGUGGAGUGAAUGGAGCGAAGCCCGAACCAUCAGAACAAAGGAAGCAAGUCCAUCAGGGAAACUGGACAUCUGGAGAGAAAUUACACCAGUUCUUGGGGGGCGGAAUGUGACCUUGUUCUGGAAGCAAGCACCAAGUUUUCGAGCAAAUGGAAGAAGCAUUUCCUAUGAAGUAACCUGGGAAAAAGUAGAAGAUGGCUCUAAGCCUGAAAGCAUCUCCUUUUCAUCAGUUUACAAUAGCACAAGGAUUUCUAUUGAUAACCAUUCCUACAGAAUCAGUAUCAUGGCAAAGAACAAUGUUAAUUAUUCACUUCCUUCAGUAUUGAUCAUCCCUAGAGCUACAGGCACCGAAGAGCUUAAAGAAGAACAGGUUGAUGGUACAGAUGAUGGCAUUUUUAUUUCCUGGGAGCCCAGACAUAUAUAUGACAGUUACAUUAUCGAUUGGUGUAACUUUCCAAUGUUGCAGCCCUGUGAUUUGCAGUGGAAGAGAUAUGGGCCCAACACUUCCAGUGCUCUGAUUAACUCAGCUGCUUUUGUUCCGGGGGUGAGAUACAACUUCCACGUCUAUGGAUCUGUUGCUAAUACAGCCUUCUUACUGGAGAAGAAGACUGGUUAUCUCAGGGAGCUACCUACUCUGCUUGACCCUGUUGUGGAAAAAGUUGAACUGACUUUCAAUGCAGUAACACUAUCUUGGGAUUCUUACCCCACAAAUAAGUCACAGUUUGGUUUUGUAAGAGGCUACCAUGUUUACGUGACACCUAUACAAGAGGACUGCAGUUUGAAAGGAUCCAAAAAACAUGUUCUUCCAGAUGGUUCAGUGCUAUGUAAAUACACAAUUGAAAACCCAGAAGAAAAGAGAUACACCGUGACACACCUGUUGUCAAACACAAAAUACAAACUAGUGGUUAAAGCAUAUACAAGUGGAGGAGAGACUCCCAUCCUUAACUUUAUAUACAUAGAUACACCAUUUAACUCAAACAUGCUGUACCUUCUAGUCCUGCUAGUGAUAGUUCCAUCACUAGUAGCAGCUAUAUGCCGCUGGAAGAUGAAGUGGGUGAAGGAGUGCUGCUGUCCUUUAAUACCUAGUCCUAACAAGAGCAAAGUGCUGUCAUUCAAAGAGUUUAAGAUCAGUUCUGAGAAAGUAUUGAAAAUAAGUGACUGCGUUCCUGACUUGCUAGCAGUGGACAAUAAGGCUGAAGCCCAGAAAUUACAUCCAUGCAGCCAGUUGUCUUCAACACCAACAGAAGAUAAGAUCGGUGGUCACAAUUCUUCCUGGAUUUACCCUAAUGAAAAUGAAGAGAGAGACUUUACACCCACACCUACACCUCACACUCAUACUUGGUUUGAAAAUUUUGCUUAUUCUUCUCAUCUUGCAGUUGAAUCUGAUCCCUAUCACAUACCGGAGACACUAGAACCAAGCAAGCCAGCACUGUCAGUGGUGCUGUACCAGCCACACUACUACUUUGAUAUUUUUAAUAAAGAUGCUGCCUCAACACCCAGAGAAACAGCUGGCAGAAAGACCAGUCUGAGAUAUAUUUCACAAACAGAUGUGCACUGCCUAGGGAGCAGGCUUUGAUGUCCUCUCCUCCAUUGAGUAAAUCCAGUAUUUGGUUACACAAUAUAAAUAAGAAUUUCUAAAACCACAACAGCUUCUUUUGAUGAAGGCUUUCACAAGCCCAACUUCUGUUAACGCUGCAAUGCUCUUGCUUCAGGACUAGUUUAAAAAUACUGACUUGUGCACAGGAGUGAUGUAUGCUAUGGUUUCGUCACAAUUUAUGGGCAUUAUGUAAGAUUUGCAGGCUGUUUUGUGGCCUGUAUUAUGUAUAAAGUUAGAUCUCACAGCAAUUUCUCAUAGCCUGAUGCAGAGAACUACUAUAUUUUGCAGCGAUUAAAAAUUUAUUCAGAAAGUAGAGGAGCAAGUUAAACAAGCAGGUAGGCUGUUGUGCUCAAGGAGGGUAUUUCACUUGCAGUAUUCUGUGUGCGCUUACUAUGUGUUCUGGCCACACCUAGCUAGCAUGUAUUGUGCAGCGGUGCAUGGAUCACUACCCAGCUCAGAGUCUGCCUCAGCCCAGUAACAGUGGGAUGGUGGGUUGAUUUUCCCUCUCUCAAAUGAUGUAAGGCAUCAGCAUGGAAGGGUUACCUGCAUUCAGUGUGGUGCAUUACUGAAAGAUUAGAAGGAACUUAGCACGCCUAGAGAAGUUAACCCUGUGCACCAAAAUCCAAUGAUCAUCCUGCUUUUACUUUACCAGUCUUCUAACUACACCUGAAAACAGAUUUUUAUAGUACAGGCCCCUGUUAGUGGGCUGCUGCUCCCAUUUCUGGUAACUGGGACUCCUCACACAUCUGCCUUCUUUGCCUGGAAGAAUCACCCUUUAAAAUCCCCCCCCCCCCCCCCCCAAACCCCCCCAAUCCUCUUAACUAAACAAAGAAAUGUGGAGAGUGGAAAAGAACUGUUUUUCCAGCAGGACACCUCUUUGCAGAGCUGUUACCAUGGCACUUCUUCUCUGCUUGUCCACAUGAACUUCACUUCUUUUGGCAUUAACCCCUGCACUUACGUAGCAAGCCCCAAUCAACCUGGUGAGCAAACACAGUAGUCAGAUGCAUAGGUGUAUAAAUCCCAUUUGUGAAGAACAUCAUAUUCAGGCUGCAUAUCAGCUAGAUCUUCCAACACUACUUUCGCAUGUAAAAAAAAAUAUAUAUAUACACACACAUAUAUUUUUCAUUGUAAUGCUUAGAAUCUCUACAGUAGGCACUGGUACAUUUAGGUCUUCCAUUCUGAUUUCAAAAAAUUGUGUAUUUGUAAUGAAUCGGAACAGUUGUAAUUCUAUCUGAAAGUCUCAUCAGAUUAACCUCCUCAGUGCACAAGGAACCCUUUGGUUUUGCCUAAUUAUGAUGCUGUCUGGCAUCUUUCACAAACAAAAGAAUUCAACUUAAGAGCUGUGAUGGUGUGCUCUGCCUGACCUCUGUUGCCCGUAACUCCACUCAAGCGAUAACCACCAGUGGCGGUCAUAAUGGAUGUGUCUGGAAUGGCAGCAUCCAGCUCAAAGUGGAUUCAGGGGAGACAGGUAACACCACAACAGCCAAGGGCUAAUGGAGCAUAUUUUGCCAACCAAAAUAUGGCUGGUAUGCAAAUAUCACUAUAAGAAGUCAAUUAUCUUACUCCAUAAGUAGCGGACAGCUAGCCCAGGGCCCAUUGAGCUCUCCUGCACAGCAGCGGACUGCACAGCAGGAUCUCCCCUUGAGCAGGGACACCUCUCAAGGUUACUCCUCAAGGUUGAGAGAUUCCUUGCCGCAACAGAUUCUCAGUAAGUGAAUUGGGAAUAAGAGCACUGAAACUUUGAAGACAUAGCUAAAUGUCCUCUAUGCAGUAAAUACUGAAGCAUACCUUGCCCUCUAAUCCUGUAAACCAGUCGCAUUUACCACUGAGGUUUGUUAACUCACUGUCUUAAUCAAUAAAGUACAUUGUUGCUUCUCUCUUGCAAGUGAAUUGCAUAACUCCAUCUGCAACAAGAGCACAGAAUAAGCAGUUCUCAAAAGGGAAAAAAUGAAGUGUUUUUUACAAUUUCAUCUUCAGCUAAGUUGUUCAAACAUAGGGAAGAAAAGUGCAUUAACUAGCUAAUCAUACUUCCUAAAAACUAAGCAGCUGCAGGCAGAAACAAGUUUUGAUACUGAACCACAUCUAGGUUUUAUACUAUUGUUUAUACAUACUGCUGUAAUGUUGCAAUAGGAACACCAGUUAAGACCUUACAUAGACUUUGGCUGAGACACACAUUGACUGCAGGGGGAGAAGUCUUCAGGCAGACAAAGGAGGUACAAACAGGAGUACAAGCAGGAGUACAGACACACAGAUACCCCUAACCACAGUUAGCUAUCCAGUCAAUGCACGCUGUCCUGUGUCCACGUGUAGGUCACAUGGAUUUACUUGA